AUGAAUUCGAUACCCGAUUUAGUGACUUCAGCAAAAUUGAAGCGAUUGCUCAGUUUUUAUCUCAUCCAAAACUUAUCCCAAACCAUAGAACAGCAUUUCAGCGAAAGCAGACGAGAGACUGAAUUAGAAAUAGUCACACUGCAGAAUGAUUUGUGUUUGAAGAGCGUUGCCGGAAAAGAACAUUUUUGGUGUCUAGUGUCCAAACAGAAAUACCCAAUCCUAGGCAAUGUAACUUUGAAAAUUAGUGCCCUGAAUUAGAAUCUUUCUAUCACACAGAAGGCACAGGCACCGGCACAGGUUCAAUAUCUACCACCAGUGAACACCUAGAAUUUUUAAAAUAUCUGAAGACCUGUGGUCAACGUUAUCUGAAUAAAAUGGGUAACUUGGGUAAAACAGGUAUAAUAAUAGACAAUUAAAGCAUAAUAGACU